GUCUCUCCAGCAGCUUUUAGUUACUUAUGAAAUUCCUUCACGCUAAUAUUAUAUUCGAGCAAACUAAUAAAUGCGUUCGGAGGAUUAAGAAAAAUAUUUUAGCCGAAAACAAAAUGGUAGCUAGCUGAUGACGUUAGCGGUUGUUAAGUUUCGCUGUUCGUGUAACGUUAAAAAUGGAGACAAAGUAUCCUACCUUGAGGAGACCCAAGAGGAAACUCUGCUACAUUACAGAAAAGGAAAGGAUAUCAAAUGAUUGGAAGCAACCACUAACACAGGAGGAUGUUGACAAGAUAUUUGAUGACAUUGAUGUGGGCACACUAGAUCUGUAUCCAACUUCUGUUACACUGCAGUCUUCUAAUUCUGGCACAAGCCAGAGUGAAAUAUCAAAUUCUUCAGUCCCGCAGGGAAAACUCCCAGCAGAAAAUCCUCCAGGACUUCAAGUCACCUCACACAGUCCCUUCAAGCCAGUGACGCGUUCUAAAAUUACAAAUGAUCCUGAUGACUGUGUCUUUCUACCUGCUACAAGAUCAUCAUAUCCCAAAUCCCACAUUGAUUUGGACAUCCCUUUCAAAGCACACACUCCAGUAAAGACCUCCAGCCCUAUUGAACAGAUUAUGAAUAAAAAAAAUAUAAAAAAAACAGUUGAUGGAAACGGCAGCGCUGUGUCACCGAUUCUUUUCAACUGUGAGGAUGAAGCUGUAGAGGAACCUGACAAAAACCCUCCAUCCACCCAGAAACCUGACUUCAAUAGACGAGUCACAGAAAACAGUCAUGAUGGUGAAAUGGGGAUUCCUCCAAGCAGGGCUGCUCAAGCUAAGAAGGCCACUCCCAAAAAAGUGAAAGCAUUGUGCAGCCAGGAUGGCACCAAGUCGUGCGCUCUGGCAGUGAGACGGAAGCCUGAAGGUUCUGCUCCUGAGAACAUCGCAGCAAGUGUUCACAAGCAGCCACUUGUAGAGCUGUCCUCACGUGUGGGAAAAGACAUGUCUGCCUUUCUGCAGAAGAUCACACAGACCGUUCAGUCGAAACCAACAAAGAAGUCGACAGUUAAGGCAUCUCCACUUCCUCCUGAGCCAGAAGAUGAUUUUUUGAUUCUGGAAGAUGAUGCACCACUUUGGUUUUCCAUCCCAAGUAAAAAUGCCACAAAGAAGGGACAAAAACUGAGCAAACCUUCCAGUACUGAUAAAGAGAGCUUGACAGAAAGGGAAUCAAAGGACAGUCUGACAGAUCCGCCACAAGAAACACCAGAAACGGCCAACAACGAACCAGAAAGUCAGGCUGUUAUUCCAAAAACAAACGUUAAAGAUAGUUUGCCCAUUCCAGAGGAUUGUCCUGUUGAUCCGAUGGAGCAGCAGAAAUCAAAGAAAAAUAAACGCCAGAAGAAGGUUUCAUCCAAAGACAUGGUAGAGGAUCCUGUAAGAACAGCCAGCGCGGUAGCAGAGAAUCCCUCCCAGAAAACUGAACCAACAAAACAAAAGUCCACCGGGAGAAAUAAUUUUAAGGAUGGCAACGAAAUCACCCCAAGAAAAAGGAGCGACACAUUAAAGGAGGUGGUGUCGGUGGCUGAUGAUGUUUAUGAAGAACCAAACCAGGAGCCUGCACAAACUGAAGACCAGGGUUCAUUUUCAGACAAAGAAAUCGCAAUAUUGAAGGUGAAUGGAAAAACUAAACCAAACAAGCAGGCAGCUAAUUCUGAAGAGCAUUCAUCUAAAGAUGAUAACAAUCUUUGUAAAAGAAGGAGAAAGCCGACUGGCCAGUGGUGGUUGACUUCUCAGAACGCAGAGGAAGCAGAAAACCCACUACCACCCAAGAAGUCUAAGCAGAACAGUACUAAGGAGCCAAGUACAACUGCUCCAACCGUACAGGCCAAAAAGGACAAAGCUGACAAGAAAAAAAGUCAGAAGCAGCCUGCGCUGGCAUCCAGCAGUCUUGCAAAUCAACCUAAAGAAAGUAAAUGUAAACAGACCAAAACAAGAAAGACGAAAGGAAAAAACCAGAAAGAAACAGAUGAAAUCAUUGACACAGCGGAGGCAAAGGAGGAGCAGCAGUUCCCUGAUCAAGACCUCAAUCAGGAGGACUCCAGCCCCUUGGUUUUUACACACAGAGACGUCAGUAUUAACUCUGGAGGUGAGGUAUUUCAGAAAGUCUACGGUUACUCUUCCAGUGAAAAAACUUCUGUCACGUCCACAGCAGCUGAAGAUCGGCUCUGGGAAGUGGAACCAGCAAAACGGAGGAGAAAGCCACCGAGUCAGUGGUGGGAAGUUAACAAUGCUGCUGGUGUUUUAGAGAGCACCUCCUCACGGCCUCAGCAGCUUCACCAUAAGGAACCCAAACCUAAGAAAGAACUGGAAAAACAACCCAAUCCUGGACUUGGCACUCCUAAAAAAGGCAACGAAGCAGCUGGAUCCAAACCACCAGGGGGCGCUCCGGUGCCUUCCCUGAAGCCACCUUCAAAACUCAAAACUGUCAAAUGCUCGUUGCCAACAUUUAACAACACAUCAGGUGUAGGGACCACAUCUGUGGUCACCAAUAGAGACGCACAUCAGAGUAACAAGCGUAACAUCACGCCCCGUCCUGCAGAGAAGGAUGCUGAGUUUAUAUCACCAGCUCUGUUCAGCAGCGAUAAAGAUGUGCUCUGUGGGGUCGUUGGUAAGCGCAGCGGCACACAGCUCAACCACAAGACUCUACAAGACAGGAAGUGUCAGUCAGACGGCACGCCAAAAGUCCUCAGGAGUGGACCCUCCUCCAUGCUUGAGAUGGAAAAGUAUGAAUACGAUGACGUUGACUUGUCAUCAUCCAGAGUGCAGAUCGUGCUGUCAGCGUCAGAUCUUUGUUCGCCUCCUCUCAAACCGCUGACCUUACAUUCCAAGGACAAGUCUGAUCUUACUGAGUGGUUUCAGAGUCUGUGGUCCUCCACUGCCGAUGAUGAUGCUGUAGUCACUCCAGACCAGUUUCAGUGGUACUUCUACCAAGACCGAGCCCUGGGUAUCCAGGCAGACCUGAACAGUACCUCCAUCUGUUCUGGGAAGAUCCUAAUGGGAUCCUACAUGAAGAAGCCCCUCUGGGUGGAUCACAGUGCAACAACAGUUUUUAAUUUAUUGACGAGCUCCGUGAGCGUUACCGUUGAUGGCCGUGUGUCUCGCUACAGCCCCGGACAAGCGUUUAUCGUGGAGUGUGGUCGAGCCUACAGCAUUCACAACCCCAACGCACUGCCGGCUGUUCUGUACUUCACCAGGAUUUCUGCAGAAAGUUCAGACUGAAGUCGUUUAAAUGUUGUUGGAAACGACUGAACAUCUAAAAA